AUGACCGACGCCCAGCCCGAGAUGAAGAUCGACCCGGCGAGAGCAAAGGCUCUCAUUUCCCAGCUGCAGUCCGUGCAGGAGCGCGUCGCCGCUGUCGCCGCGGGGCGGAAUGUCCGGCUGGUGGCCGUCUCCAAGCUGAAGCCCGCCAACGACAUCCUGGCGCUGCACCAGGCGACGCCGCCGCAGGUGCACUUUGGCGAAAACUACGCGCAGGAGCUGGGGCAGAAGGCGGAGAUGCUGCCGAGAAGUAUCCAGUGGCAUUUCAUCGGUGGAUUGCAAUCAAUCUGCUGGCCUCAUUUUCAGAAGAUUCGCAUAACGUCUGACCUGAUUGAUAUAGCACACGCCAAGAAGCUCGCCAAGAUUCCGAAUCUCUUCUGCGUCUCGAGCGUGGACACCCUCAAAAAGGCCCAGCUGCUCAACGCCUCCCGCGCGGAGCUCAUCUCCUCCUCUCCCGCCGAACCCCAGGUGGAACCCCUCGGUGUGCACGUCCAAGUCAACACCUCGGGCGAGGACUCCAAGUCCGGCGCCGCGCCCGGCCCGGAGACGGUCGCGCUGUGCCGCGCCGUCGAGGAGGAAUGUCCGGCGCUGAAGCUGCUAGGCCUGAUGACCAUUGGCGCCAUCGCGCGGAGCAAGGCCACUACGCCGGAGAACGAGAACGAGGAUUUCCUGUGCCUGAGAGAGCAGAGGGACCUGGUGGCCAAGGAGCUGGGGCUGCAGAGGGAGCUGGAGCUGAGCAUGGGUAUGAGCGAGGACUUUGAGGGGGCUGUGAAGUUAGGCAGCGGGGAAGUGAGGGUGGGCAGCACGAUCUUCGGCGAAAGAGGCCCUAAGAGCGAGGCGAAGAUUCUGGUUUAG